AUGCGUCCAUGCGCUGCCAUCCCAUAUCCAUCACAGAAGGAUGAGUCGUUCUACACAGUGGCAUGGAUGAGGGGGAAGCACGGGCAGCCGCUGUUGGCAGCUAGUGGCAGCAGCGGGGUGAUUCGGAUCAUCGACUGCUGGAGAGAGACAGUUGUGCAUAGUUUCAUCGGGCAUGGCGGCGCAGUGAACGAGGUGAGGGUGCAUCCGUCCCACCCCGCGCUGCUGCUCUCAGCGGGGAAAGAUGAGUCGCUGCGGCUGUGGAACGCAGACACGGGCGUAUGUGUGGCGAUUGUGGGCGGGAGCGACGGGCAUCGAAACGAAGUGCUCAGCGCGGUACAGUAUAGGGUAUGGUAUGGGGCGCAGCCGGUGCACUAG